UAUUUUUCUCCCCGUGCAUAAUAUUUGUAGCGCCUCUGUGUGCUGCUGCAGCCCCGCAUUCUCGCAACUGAGGGCGGCUGCAGCGAAAAGGGGGCUCGUCAGUGUCACGAAUCCGGAUUUCCCCAGCCCUUUGCCGGCAGAGAGGGUGGGGAGGACCGGGGACAGGGUCAGUGGAAGAUUUCCUUCAGCUCGGCUGGACUCUGAGGACGCACGAGCCACAGUAACAUGAUCUUAUAUGCCGAAAGACAAGCCAAUGUAAGCUCAGCCGCCGUCCAGCUCUGUCACUGUGACUGCCGUUCCUGCACUGCUCAGACCGCCUCCAUCCAUUCAUAUUAGUGUUCAGAGGGAGUCCUGUCUGCACACCAUCAGUCAGUUUUCUCCUGUGUUGGUGUAUUCUCAUGGAUCAGUAUGUCUACCACUAAUAAUAUCGCCCAGGCCAGGAAACUGGUGGAACAGCUGAGGAUUGAGGCAGGGAUUGAGCGCAUUAAGGUGUCUAAAGCAGCAGCAGACCUGAUGAGUUACUGUGAGCAGCACGCUCGUAGCGACCCUCUGCUGGUUGGUGUUCCCACCUCUGAAAACCCUUUCAAGGACAAGAAACCUUGCAUCAUCCUAUAGCUGCUUCCUGCUUCUCCUACCCCUCUCAUGCACACACACACAAACACACAUUCUCACACACUCUUGCACAUACAUAUACACGCUAACACAUAAACGUAUACUUUUGCCAUUUAACUAGAUCCCCUCAUUUACCGAGACACACCUUGGAGCAGCCAUGUCUGAUCUUACAGGGCUGUCGAGCAUCCACACACACAGAGAAACACACACGCUCCCAGAAUCGCCACGCUGGAAAAGCGCCAUACACCGGAGCAACAGCUAGGGGGAGGGUAUGCUGCGCUCACAGUGGCUGAGAUCAGUAUAUCACUGAGUAUGAUCCAAGGUGCUUUGGUAUUAUUCACAUAUGCUGGUGAAUUAACUACAAGUUUCAGCUAAAAUUGAAAAGGGAUUUGGACAUUAAUGAUCGAUAGGAAAUCAGCAUUUUCUUUUUUUUUGUUAUCGUGAAAUGAGGUGUUGGUUCAAAGAUGGGUAGCUGUGCCAUAGGCAGGCAGUGGGAGGAUGCAUGUGCGAAAAAACAGAAUGAGUGGUAGGCGCUAGGCCAAUCGUGCCAAACUGGACCUCGUGUCCCAUUAAAAGUUCAAUAAAUGCUUCUUUUUCUGUGGGAGAUUUUUUUAAAAACGUAUGAAAGCUUCAUUCUUGGGUCAUUUUGGAGCAACUGGCUAAAGCCUUUGCCUUUAUCAGGCCAUAGCAUGUUCCCACCCAAACCUGUAUCAACAGACCUUCUCUGCCUGUGGCCUCACAAUGGCUGCCUGCAGCCUUUGGCCAAGCCUCCAGCUGUGCCAACCUGUACAAAAAUUCCUUUCUAGAUGCUGAUCUGCUGUCACUGAUUCCACUGCGGCUCAUGAUAGCCGCCACUGGCUGAUGUCUAAGCUGAUCCCAGAUCUGCACCUAUGAGAGCAAGCAGUGAACGGCUCUACACAGAACUCAAGCUAUUAACCGCAGACGUUUACUGCAUUUUUUCUUAAGAAAUACUUGUUUGUGAACUCAAUGUACGUUUUAGAUAUUUUGUUGAAGCAUUACUUAACAGAUAGGACAAUACUUUACAUUUUUUUAGAUCGUUUUCUUUUCACGUAGGUGUUGCCCCUGGCGGAUCAGGUUUGUUUUCCUGCUUGCAUUAAUGAAAUAACAGGAUAUCUGGUUGUAAGCCAGGGGUAAUACCUAACCAGAUCUACUGUACAUCAAGCCUCCCUGUGCUUUACCCCAAGAGAGGGCGAGGCCACAGAAUGAUCACAUCAGAGAAUCAGUCUGUAAGGGACUGCGAGGCUGGAGGAGAUGACCCAGACAUAGAAAGUAAAAAUGAAGGUGCCCUCUUCCCACCCUCUCAGCCCAUAUAUGAGUAUUUCGAUUACUAGUUCUUGUAGGGUGAAUAGAACGAAAAUGAGAGGAGUGGGUAGUCUGAAAAUAAGGAGUCACCUCUCUGUUCAAGUGGUUUACAUCUUGUUUUAAUGCUUUGCAAUUAUGGCUAUUAUUCAGAUUACCUGCCUUCACCAGUCUAAAGGUUCCAGUUUCCCCAGCAUAAGAGCUCACUCUGACGUUACCCCAGCUUGGUCACAGGCUGGAUCAGUAGGAGCUGGCAGUCUCCUUUCUGUGUUCCUCCUUCCUCGUCUCCUCCACAGCACUCCUCCUGUCUGACAAACCAAACUUGAUUGUAAAAACUGAAACAUGAAGAAGAAAAAAAUCAAGUUAAGAGAAAAAAACUAAGUGUAUAAACUUUCUUUCAGACAUGUGCAGAAGUGAUAAGUUGAAGAGUAGCUGUUUUGGCUUUCUUUCUUUUUUUCUUUCUUUUUUUUAAGUUCUCUUCUUUCUAUGGAGUCCAUGGAAACUGGUCAGUUGAGUAUUACCCUGUACAGUGUUUGUAAGAUACAAACUCAGAACACAGAUUUCCCCUCUGUGGAUGUUGGAUUUUUUUAGUACUACUUAUUCUGUCAAUCAGGAUCACGUCUGUCUUUGCUUUUUCCUUUUUUACGUCAAUCAGGUUUUAGAGGCCUGCGAUAACUGAGGUUGGUUUCAGCCACAUAUAAAACCGAUGAGGAUGAAGCAAUGUACCGGAAACAAAAGCUGUGUUUGGUUUAGAGUCAUGCCCCGUAAGAAGAUGAAUCAACAUCGGACCUCAUUACGGUGGUGCAAAACCAACCUCCUGAUCUGACCUUUAACACCAAAGCUGUCCUUGUUUUUUUUUUUUAGUUUUUGUUUUUUUGGGGGCAACAGGCAUCUAGACCAACAUGCAACACACACCUACAUCCUGUGCUUUGGGUGCUUUUCAAGCUUGAAUGAUGUUUAUCAGAGGUAAAAGGUUAAUAGCUGUAAGGAGAAUUGGUGAGAGAGGGGAUCUUCCUUCCAUCAUAUUUACACUUUAGCAUUUAGCCGAGGGUGGGCUCAUUUGGACAUGGCUUAUAUCUGCUGACAGAGAGUCACAAGGGUUCAUCCUACUAGUUUUCUGCUUUCAUGUCACUUAAGGUCAGUGUGACCCAGCUGCUAUACAGACUUUGGAGGUGGGUGGAAAGAGUUGUUUGCAUCCACACGUGCUCAUGCGUACCUGGGAAUGUGUGGGGUUUAGAGAAAUCGGCAUUAGAAUAAUUGUAAUUGUUACCUUUAGCAAUUUUAAACUGUGUGAAAGGGAACAAAAGAGAAUAAGCAUAUUUCCCAAAAUGUCAAAUGAUUCCUUUAAAAAUUCAGCUUUGUGAUUAAUUACCAGUUUAAAUCGCUGCUUAGCAUCUGUGUUUUUGCACUGUAGCCAAUGGCUUAUGAUACAGACAAAGAUAGAAGUAUAGAGAGCAAGAGCUGGAGAAAGGCCAUAGAGAGGGUGUGCAAGUGUGCGUGCGUGUGUGUGGGUGCUUGUGUUUGGUAGCUGAAAAGGGAUGAUUUGGCAGAGCAGUAGGUGGAGAGGAGAAAAUAGAGGAGCGUGCAAGUGUGUGCUCGUGUGCAUGGUCUGUGUGUGUUUGUGCGAGUGACACAGUGCGUAAGAACGAGCAGUGCCUCCAGUGCUGCAGUGUUAGACUGUAAUGUUAUAGUACUGCAGUCCUGCAGUUCUAGGUCAGGGUUAGUCUGACCAGAGGAGAGGUCAUGUGAUACCACAAGUCAGAACAACAUAUAUGGCUUGCACUUCCUCCUUUUCUCACUUAAUCAGUCUGCAUAUUUUGAAGAGUGAAAAGGGGGAUUGUGUCACAGGCUAAAAUUGACCAGGUGAAAUGUGGCAAAACAAAAAAUUUCAUUACCACUAACGUAAGCCUUGGAUACGUAAAGGAACAUGUUGACAUUUGAGGAAAUGUGUAUAUUUGCUUUCUCCUGCAGCUGGUUAGCUUACCUUAAAGACAGGAAACAGGGAGAAACUCCUCUGUUCACCUGCAAAAAAAGGCCACUUCUCAGCUCUUUUAAAGUUCUCAGUCAAGGUGUUAUAUCACUUUGAUGUUUUGCCAUUAUCGCAGUGAGCCAUAGAGGUGCUGGUAGACAGGUUUUGUUGCUGCUAGCCUGGCUGUUUCAAGCUGUUUAUCUUUAUGCUAAGCUAAAGCAGGUAGCCCUACAAGCAGAUAUGAGGAAAGGGAUGAUUGAAGAGAUUAUUUAGGCUGAUAUAAAUGAACGGUGCUCUUUUUUUUUUUAAAGGAUCUACCUAAAGAUAUGUGAUGGCAUAGCAACAGUAUUGACUUAACUAUACGUACUUAUUUGGCCUGGGUUUGCUUUUCAAGGACCUGAACUAUUCUAAGAUGAAAGAACUGAUUCCCUGUCAGUUUACAGGAAUGUGAUAAACACUUUCCUUUCAUUUCUUUGCAAGCUAAAGUGAAAGAGAAUUCUUGCUGCAGAAGUUUAACACAAGGAAAUAUACAUGCAUAACUUAUCAUCAGACAAAUGCACACACACACUACCACACACACAGAUGUCCUGGUAUUGCCGACAUAUGCUAUUUUUUUUUUUUAAUUUUUAUUACUAUCAUUCCAUCCAUGGUUGGGCUUCAAUCAGAGACACACAGCUUGGAUUGCUGGUUUGUCUGAUUGAUUGGUUGUUAGUUUGCCUUAUAGUGGUGUAUAUCAUGUAAAUGCUGGACUUGGAGGUGGGGGGCAGUCUUAAACAGUCUUAAAAGUGGAACACACGGCUGAAAGUGGAAAUUUACUGGUGUUGUGUGCAAAAAUGCAAGCCUCUCGAAAUUCAUUUCAGGCCUGGUGAGGAGAGCCGAGGCUCCUCCCUGUUGGACUUUCAUAUCAAGCUUCUCUGAUUUGGCUCCGAGCCCUUCCUGAGAAUCAUCUUUUGUGCUCUGAUCUCCUGUGUAUGCAUACAGUAUAUGUAUCUUUUUGCCUUGAUUGACUAUGAAGAAAAUAUAUCUAUUUUUUGUAACUGUUCUCUGAUGUGCCAUAACUCAUGUUUUCUUGCACACUGUUAAUAUUUUGUGGAUAUUGCUGUUUAAAAAAGAUGAUAUUGAGAAGUAGAUAACAUUAAUAAAAAGAUGAUAUAAUAACAGA